GCUGUUGCGCUUCCGGAGCGGGGGCGCGGGGGGCUCGUCGCCGGGCCGGGCCGGGCCGGGUGCCCGGUCUGCGCCCCCCGGUCUGCGCCCCGGGCGGGAGCGGCCUGCCGGAGGGCCCGGCGGGACGCCGGUAGUUACGCUGAGAGCUGCAGCGGUGCGGCCGGAGGUGGCAAACCUCGGGAAGAGCGGGUUUGUUUCGGAGCCUCCUGCUGCCUUUUGCCAUCCAGGUGGCUCUCCCUGCACGUUUUCUGACGGCAGUAGCUUCCCAAGCCUCUGGUUUCUCUGAGGGUCUCGUUAUCGGCAGCACGAAGUAGAUGUUCUCCUGUGUAUGUGCUGCGGAGGUCUGCAAACGUGAAAACCCUGGCUGUGACUGGGACAACAAAGGGAUUGUGGAAUUUCAGGAACAGGACUGCCAGGAAGUACAAGUAAAUCUGUCUUGAAAUAGUUACUGUUUUAAUCCUUGCUCUGUUUUCUUACUGUUGUAAAUAAUAAUUUACCUGAAGACCAAUGAGCAACAUUUGUAAGGCCAGUAUUACAUGUGUUCUAAAGUGACACAACCGGAUUGUCAUUUGGAUUCUCUGGAAACCCUGAACUGUGCUGCCUUUAGCAGAUGACACUACCUUGCUGAUAUGUAUGUGAUCACUUUCAGCUUUCAUGGACUUUGUAGUGCUCAGAAGAUCUACAUACCAGAUACUGGUGCUCCCAGUCAGGGUAUCUAAAAGUGAGGAAAGUUCUAAAUGGAUAUUUAGUUUCUCAGGAUCAGAUAGGAACUAAGGAGUAAAACCAGUUCUUUUGGGAAAUGGCCUCCCUCCUUAAAGCAUUGGAUCUUAGUCUUCAGCUUCCACCUUCUGUUACAAUGGGGCCAGCAUUUUGCUCAGACAGUAGCCUUACUCACCAGCUGCCUCUUAAGUAGGUGUUGAAUGAGUCACCCUGUAUGACAGGCUAUCAUUAUGCAUUAUCUUGUAGAUACACCAGAGGGCAGGGUUUAGAUAGCAUAAAUAUCUUUACAGCUUGCUGUGAGAAACGUUUGUAGCGCCAAUGAACAGGCCCAAACAGAUCCUUCAGCGAAGCAGUUUAUUUACACUCUUGCAAGAACGGGUGACCUAACCAAGUAGGCACACCUGAUAGUGAGGUGAGCAACUGUUUAUAUUCUCUAUUCCCGAAGCAAAGUUCCCUCCCAUGUUUCCCCACUGGCUGCGUAGUCCAGGGUUUACAGCCUAUCCAACGCUUCUAGUUAUCCUAUAAGUUUCCUGCCCCUGCUUACACAUUCCAUUCUAGCAGUUUACUUUUUACCUUUUAAGGUAUAAUUCUGACCUUUCUUGCCCCCUUGGCUGUCUUCCCAAGCACCAAAAUGAUCUAUACCUACUGGUGUCCUCCUGCUCCGAGGAGCAAGAUAGAAGUGACUUUGUUUGGUCUUAUCUUGGCCAUAAAUCCUCCAUGUUCGGAUCCCCCAGAUGGAGCCCAAUUAAGUCCCUCAGUUUUGUGGACCAUAAACCACCCCAGGUGUCACUGGAAUCCGCAGAUAUCUCACUUCUCUCUUAAACAAACUAUUAUAUUCCUAAUACUAGGGUAUAUAAAAAACCAAAACAAAACCCAACAAUAUGUUUCUAACACUAAGAUGCGAAAACAACACUACAUUUCUUUUCUAACGUUACAUUAAUUGAAUUCAGCAGCUAAAUGACCCUUUUGAUAUAUUUAUUGCAAUCCAAUUUUCAAAAGACAUAGAAUCAUGCCUUUACUAACAUAGUGUGUGAAUAACAGUAGCCCUGAAAUAAGUUAUAACUAGUAUAAGGAACGGUGGUUUUUAAAAAAACUGUUUAAAAUAGGAGCUUCAAAUUGCUUCCUUUAGCUGUAUCUCCUAGCCAGAAAAAAAUUCUACCAUUCUUUUUAGUAACUGUUGUCAUUCUUACUGAGUCAAGAACAUAUUGGGGGGAAAAUAUGUAAAUUUAGGGCAGUCAAUUUUAGUUUAUAUCCUCAACGAAAUUGAUCUAAAGUGUAAAAUUCCUUUGACAUAUUACAUGAAUGUACAAUAGAAUAGUCACCUUCUUUCAUACUUUCAUAGAUCUGUAUCGUAUUUGCAUUCACUUGUGGCUUUCCAAGAUACAGAAUCACAAUUUACUUUGUCUUGAUACAGAAGCUAUCUCUUGUCUUUGUCAGCUCUCUUUUCAUUUCUUCUUUACAGGUUUUUGAGUUGCAGGAAGAAGAAUAACAGGAAGUAUUCAAAGAGGGUAGAUAUUGUACCAGGAAAGAAAGCUGAUAUGUGAUUUUUUCCAAUAGAAGAGGUGAAUUAGCAUGAAUGCAGGAACUAAGGGCUUUUAAACUUGAAAUUCUAUAGCGGCAUAAGGUGAGUUUUAGAGAUAAAACUUUCUGUUGCAGACCAGAGCUUUAGUAUGGCCAUGUUAUGAGUGAAUUUAGGCAAAUUCAAUAGUCCUGGGGGCUAGAUAGAUGUACUGAGCAUCUUAUUCAGGGCAUGUGGUUCAGAGCAGCCAUUGAAACACAGCUGUACUAAACAGUUUAACAAGAAGUAUUAGUAGUGUUAAAUACAAUGCUGUCAAUCUGGAGGCAUUACUUCCAUCAGAUUUGAUUUCUAAGUGAAUAUAAAGCUAUGAAGCUAUGUACUGCAAAGACUAGUGAAAAAAUAAAGCACGAAUCAUAAAUCUACAAUCUUGUAACAGAAUCAUCAAGAUCAUUAUUGUACCUCCAAAGUAAAUAGUGAAAGACAGUUUAGACUGUUCCAGAGACCAGGUACACACAACAUGUAACAACAGAUCUACAGAUUGUCUAGCCAGAGAAAUACAACCAAAUUUUACUCCAUUGCUAUAUGAGCACUAAAUGUUUGUGAGAACUACCAGGUUACAUCUGUGUUUGACCGGUCAGGAAUUAUUAUGUCUAAAAAUAAUUAAUGUUAGCAUUUUCUGAUCUCUGAUAAAUGAAUCAUGUUUGCAGGUCCAAAAAAAAGGAGCAAUCUUUGAACACAGCCAGAAAUCCAUUCACUCCAUUCUGUUUUAGCACAUAAUGCUGAUAAACCUUGAUGAGUGCUGGAAAAAGCAUUCUUCUGACCAUCUGACAAUGUCUUUCUGGAACCGGCUGUUUACAAGUCUUGAUCUAAACAUGCAUAAUGGGACCUCCAGGACCAGCCACCCCCCCAGGCCCAAUAGGCCCAAAAGGCAUGGGAGAUGCUGGACCAAAGGGAGAUUGUGGAAUAGUCUAUCCUGGGCCUCCAGGACCAAGGGGAAGCAGAACAGUUGGUCCCAAGGGUGUCAUGGGACAGCAAGGCUUGCCUGGUCCACCUGGCUCCCCUGGCGACAGCAUACAAGGAAGCAAGUGUUCUUGAAGUUGAACAUGAUUAUUUCCCUGGAUCAAGAAGACUGCUCAGCUCUCCAGCUCCAGGUCAUCAAACCACCGGGAGAAAAAGGAAAUCAAGGUCUUCCUGGAGUAAAAGGAUCAAUAGGUAUUGGCCUUCCUGGACCAAAGGUAAUUUCUCAUAAAAUGUCUGAAAUGGUUAUUCUUCUAGGUUGUGGUAUCAAACGUACAGUAACACCACUGGAACUGGUAUUUGUCAUUGACAGUUCAGAAAGUGUUAGACCAGAUAACUUCAAUAUUAUCAAAACUUUUCUGAAAGCAGUCAUUCAUAAAGUAUCAGCCAACCACACCAGAACCUGCAUUGGCAUUAUCAACUUCAGCCAUUAA